AUGAAAAGGUCCAAGACCGCCGCAAGCGACGUGCAGCAACAACGCUGGCAAAAAACCCAGGACGAGGACACAUUGCACUCCCUGUUUGAGAGGAAAAAAGCAUCCAUUCCCAAGACAAAAAUAACUCUUCAUCUCAUAUACAGUUUGGAAAUGUUGACGGCUCGUACUUUCUUACGCUCGACCUUGUCGCUUCCGCAGCAGCGUCAUGCUUGGGAGUCCACCGGAGUCCGCACCUUGUCAUCCAAAAAGCCCGUGGCUCCGGCAACGGCGAAAGCAGCGGUGGAGGAAGAUGUAAUUUCUCCGGUAACUGUGCGUCGUGCGAAAAUGUCCAAAAUUGAUAGGAACAUGGUGUUCGGUACUACGGGAAAGUUCCUCGCUCCCGUCCUACCAGAGAAUCCGGCGGAAAUCUCCGCGCUGGACCCUGCCGAUCAAGGCCACCGGCUCAAAAUGGACGGGACCGCCCGGGUCGUUAUGAUUCGCCAGGAAAGGGCUUCGAAUCGCCAAUCCCCACUCAAACACGAAAAGUAUUGGCGUAUCUUUUUCUACGAAGACGGCAUGGUGGCGGAAAAGUGGACGAAUUCGCUCAUGGGUUGGACUUCGAACGGCGAUCCCUACCAAUCAGCGCCACCGUUGAUCUUCCCCAACGCGGCCGAUGCGGUGUACUUUGCAAAAAAGCGGGGUUGGAAUUUUGUAGUCAAGCAACCCAUCAUGCGUGACCCACGCGAGGAUGGUGCUCAGUACCAAGACAACUUUUUGCCCCUGGCCGUGGCGGCCAGGGUCCAAAAGGAAGGUGUGUCGUGCGAUCAGUGGGCCCGGGAUCACGCCGGUACAUCCAGCUACUUCCGCCCGCUCAAAUACCACGGUGAUGGCCUCGUGCCACAGCACGGACCCAACGGAAACGCCCCGAUCGCCAAACACGUUCCCGGCUACUACAAGUUGCGAUAAACUUUUUACAAUGCUGCACUGCACCCAACCGGUAGGUUUGAAACAAAAGUACUGGAAUUGAGGAAGGAGGGUAGAGGCGUAGGAAUGAAUGAAAAAUAAGAAAUUGUUGCGUAAUGG